GUGGAGGAGCGCUUAGCCCGUGAGGAGCAUUUGAUAUGGUUGUUGAACGCAGUAACAGCAUACGUUUAUUGUGCAUCGCCUGAUUUCUCUACUGAUGAACAUCUUCACUUUAUGAGCCGUAAUCCAGUGCAUGUGGGACCAGCGGUUGUCCGGGAACUUGGCGAAUCAGCUAUCAUCCCGCUGAUGGAGUACCAUCUCAACAACGACAGCGUGUUUGAUGUUAGCGAACAUAUGGAAUUGUAUCAGGUUUCCAUUUCACUUUUUUGA